UCGAAAGAAGAGUCAUGGGGCAGUUAAGUGUAAUGACUAUUAUUAUUCUUUUUUUCUAUUUCUUAAUUCACUACACUGGCGGCGAUGAGUUGGACCAGCAGAUUUUUGACCAGCAGAAUCUCGAUCAGCAAACCCUUGACCAGCAGAUUCUGGAUAACGAUUUCGGUGCUCCGUACGAAUCUUCCGGUUACGGAUCCAUUAAGUCUUCAAAGUCCCAAUCAAACGACGAAGCUAUAGUAUUUCCAUCUUCGUAUUACUCAGGUCGUCCGUCUUCGUCGGGAUCAUACUACUCCAAGUCACAUUCAUAUUCUGUGAAAUCUACUCAUGGUGGUAGCUCUUACGGGGGUGGUUCGUAUGGCGGCGGGGGUUCCUAUGGAACCAAGGCCGCUAGUGGUGGAGGUUCUUACGGAGGGGGCUCGUAUACGAAAAGUAAAAUAUCCAAGUAUAACGGAGGGUGUAACGGACAACCUCCAGCUCCCAUGAACGCAGGUUUAAGAUGCUCGUCUUACACCGGGUGCAAGGCGGACUGCAUACCGUCGUAUCAGUUUCCGAACGGAAUGUCUCAAAUAACCAUCAGCUGUGUGGAGGGGAAAUGGAGGGUGCAAGACGCUGAUUGGGAUGCCGUCCCAUCCUGUCAACCGAUCUGUCUGCCCGAGUGUCAAAACAACGGGAUAUGUUUGGCGCCGAAUCAAUGCAGCUGCCCGGAGAACUUUUCGGGGCCCCAGUGCCAAUACGAGAACAAGCCCUGUUUAAAUUUUCCGACUUUGCCCAUGAAUUCUCGGAGAUCCUGCCGUCCAAAGCAGUGCACCGUCACCUGCAUGCCAGGUCACGAGUUUUCCGACGGUUCUAGUAUCGCUACGAUCGUCUGCAAGAACGGCCUGUGGGUACCGACAAAAGAAAAAUGGACGACUGUACCCGAUUGUAGAGCCACUUGUGACCCGCCAUGUUUGAACGGCGGAAACUGUCUCUCGUUUAAUGUCUGCCAGUGCCCUCAGGACUACAGGGGACCCCAGUGUCAAUACGCCGCGGACACGUGUAGUCCGAAGAACCUGAAUUUCAACGGGGCUUACAAUUGCUCCGGAGACAUGGAUACAUUUAGUUGCUCGCUAUCCUGUCCAGAGGGCAUCCCAUUCGAUUUCCCGCCAGAAGCUCGCUACAAUUGUCACUACUCUAGCGGAAAGUUUGAACCGGAACCAGUGCCCCAGUGCAAAUUUCCUUCGAACGUCGACAUUUUCCCGCACGAGUUGUAUUCCGGGUACGCGGGUGGUGGUUCUGGCGGGUACCACGGCUACGUUCAUCAGGAUCACACGUCGUCGCCGGAAGAGCUCCUGUUCAACGAGAUAAUCAACGAAAACGCCAACGGCUACGAUUCGCAUGCGCACUACGGCCAGCACGUAACCAAAUUUGUGACGCUGUUGCCAAAGCCUGGGUCCUGUUUCGCGUGGGCGGGAAACCAUUACAAGACGUUCGAUGGUAAAGUUUACAGCUUCGUGUCCAAAUGUUCGCACGUGCUCUUAAGGGACGCUCACGACAGCACCUUCAGUAUUGUCGUCCAAAACCACCCCAACUGUUUCAUGGCAGACUCCGAUGCUGGCAACUGUUACAAAACGAUCAAAAUUUAUUUUCAGGACAAGCAGUACUUCUUGAAAAAAUCUGAGGGAGGAGUUCCUAUAUUCGCGUCCGCGAAAAAGGUUCUGCCCAUCCCUGGCCAAUUGCCUGGUGUCAGAGUGACGAUGAGAGGCGAUAAUGUGGUCCUCUCACUGGAUUCGCUGGGCGUGAGCCUGAGGUGGGACGGUAGGCAACUUGUCCACGUGAAAGUCACGGAGAGCCUCUGGAACCGCACUGAAGGACUAUGCGGUCGCAUCAACGGGGACUCUAGCGACGACAUGGCGACCAAAGAGGGUUUGCCGGUAAAGAACGUGGUCACCCUUGCCACCAGUUGGAAAGUCGAAGAUCUCGAGGAACCCUGCAGCGACGAUCCUAGCGAGGAGCACGCCUGCCACGGUGCUGGCGCGUCUCAUGAUGCGACCUCCUUUUGCAAAAAAAUUUUGUCGGACCCUAAACUUCGCUUGUGCGCCGACGUCGUCGACGCCGAAUCGCUUUUGGACGCGUGCACGUGGGACUACUGCUCCUGCAAAGAGUCUGAUCCUGCCGCGUGCACCUGCCAGACCUUGGAGGCUUACGUAACGGACUGCGUUCAUCGAGGAGUCGCCCAGUUGACGAGUUGGAGAGGCGAAAAUACCUGCCCUAUGAAAUGCAAUGGAGGCAAAAUCUACAUGACGUGCGGCCCGAAGAAAGGACAGCAAAUGUGCGGCGUUACUGCCGUCUCGUCCGAAGAAGACGAACAAUCAUGCGCGGAAGGCUGCUACUGUCCGGAGGGAACAGUCCUGCACGAAAACAAAUGCAUCUCGCAGGACCAGUGUCCCUGCAAACUCAGGGGCAAGACUUUUUCACCGGGCAGUUCGAUUCCGAAAGACUGCAACACCUGCACCUGCGUCAGCGGCGAAUGGGACUGUACUCAAGUGUCGUGCGGAGUGAGGUGUGCGGCCGUAGGGGAUCCCCACUACGUCACGUUCGACGGCAAACGGUACGACUUCAUGGGUCAAUGCUCGUACUACCUGGUCAAAACCGAAAAUUUCUCCAUCGAGGCUGAGAACGUCGCCUGCGCAGGCGCGAUAUCCUUGGCGAUGAAUUUCCCGGUCAGCAUCUCAUCAGGUCUGCCGUCUUGUACCAAAACCGUGACGAUAAGGACGAACGAGCAGAUAAUCAAACUCAAACAAGACCACAACCUCGUCGUCAACGGCGAGGAUAUCGCGAAAGUACCGUACUCCAUAGCGGGAAUCGAUAUCCGUGGCGUGUCGUCCAUCUUCUUGCAAGUGCGAUUACCGAACGGCGUGGAAGUGUGGUGGGACGGCGUGACCCGAGUAUACGUCGACUUGCCCGCCGAGUUCAAGGAACGUACCAAAGGUCUCUGCGGUACGUUCAACAACGUCCAAAAGGACGAUUUCCUCACACCCGAAGGCGACGUCGAACAGGCGGUCGUACCGUUCGCCAACAAGUGGAAAACUAGCGAGAAAUGCAACGACGUGUCCGAGGUACUGUCCGGUCACCCGUGCGACGUCAACGCGCACCGCAAGGUCGACGCCGAACGGUACUGCUCGAAAAUCAAAUCCGACCUGUUCGCCGACUGUCACUGGCACGUCGAUCCGGACGAGUACUACCGGAACUGCCUCUACGACAUGUGCUCCUGCGAGUUCAAAGUGUCCCGGUGUCUCUGCCCUACGAUGUCCGCGUACGCCGCCGAAUGCGCCCGGCAGGGGGCGAAGAUCGAUUGGAGGAACGAGGUCAGAGAGUGCGGAGUUCACUGUCCGGGCGGCCAAAAGUACCAGGUGUGCGGCAACGGGUGUACCCGCACCUGUUCCGACAUCUCCCUCCGACCCGACUGCAAACCUCAAUGCGUCGAGGGAUGUAACUGUCCCGAAGGCGAAGCCCUAGACGACAACGGCGAGUGCGUACCCGUAGGGCAGUGCAAGUGUCAGCACGAAGGGUUGGAGUACCCGGCCGGUUACAAGGAAGUGAGACCGGCUACUAAAGGUCUGGAGUUGUGCGCUUGCGCGGGCGGUCUCUGGCGUUGCAAACGGGCCACGCCCCUUGACGUCAGAGAGUUCCCCAGGGCGAGCGACUUGAAAGCCAAGUGCGACACGGCGAGGUACUUCGAGUUCACGACGUGCGAGGACGUCGAACCUGUGACGUGUAAGAAUAUGCACGACCCGGAACACUUCACGCCGACGGUCUGCCACGCGGGGUGCAAAUGCAAACAGGGUUACGUGCUCGACACGAAGAACAAACGAUGCGUCAAACCGAACGAGUGUCCUUGUCACCACGGCGGUAGGAGUUACAAAGAGGGAGCGGUCGUGCAAAGCGACUGCAACACGUGCGCUUGCGCGGACGGCAAGUGGAGGUGCACCGACCGCCAGUGUACGGCCGAGUGCAGCGCGUGGGGCGAUUCCCAUUACAAGACGUUCGACGGCAAACAUUUCGACUACCAGGGACAGUGCGACUACGUAUUGGCCAAGGGCGUGGCCGGUCCGGAUAGUUUCGACGUCACCGUGCAGAACGUCCCGUGCGGCUCGUUGGGAACGACGUGUUCGAAGUCUGUGACGAUCCGGGUGGUGGUGGGCGACGACCAGGAGAGCGUUACCUUGGCGAAGGACAAGCGCGUGCCCAAGUUUGUCACGAAGAAGCACCUGACCGUCCGCGAGAAGGGGUUGUUUGUGAUCGUCGAAGCGCCAGAUUUGGGACUGGUUCUCCACUGGGAUAAGGGAACGCGAAUUUACGUAAAAGUUGAUCCGAGGUGGAAGGGCAAAAUCAAAGGGCUGUGCGGUAAUUACAACGAUAACGACGCGGACGACUUUCAAACGCCCUCCGGCGGUCCGCCCGAGGCGUCGGUCAACGCGUUCGGAGACGCCUGGCGACUGCAGUCCUACUGCCCGGACGCUGUCGACGUGGGUGACACCUGCCUCGACAGACCCGACCGAAAAAUUUGGGCUUUGAAGAAAUGCAACGUGAUGAAGGGUCCUUUGUUCGCCCCGUGUCACUCCGAGGUACCUCUGGAUGCUUAUUUCGACCGGUGCGUGUUCGACGCAUGCGCGUGCGAUCAGGGCGGCGACUGCGAGUGCCUGUGCACCGCAUUGGCCGCGUACGCGCAAGAGUGCAACAACAGAGGCGCUCCCGUAAAAUGGAGAUCCCAAAACUUGUGUCCUCUCGAGUGCGACGAGGGUUGCUCCAAGUACAGCCCGUGCGUGUCUACGUGUCCGCUCGAAACCUGCGACAAUCUCCUCACCAACCCGAAGCUAAGCAAGGCGUGCGCGGAAGACGCUUGCAUCGAGGGCUGCAGCCCGAAAUCAUGUCCCCCGGACCACGUCUACCUGAACUCUUCCUACGCAGACUGCGUGCCGAGAAACGUGUGCAAACCGGUUUGUCUGGAACUCGACGACAACGUGACGUAUUUCGAAGGCGAUCUCAUGGAGGAGGACGACUGUCACAGCUGUUACUGCUCUCGGGGCGAGAAGAUCUGCAAAGGACAACCUUGUUCGACGACGGAACCGCCGGUCUUCACGACUCACCAGGAAGAGGAAUCUCUGAGGUGUAACCCGGGCUGGACCAAGUGGAUCAACCAAGACAAGAGCAAGAGACAGCCCAAGUUGAGCGACAUCGAGCCCGUACCGUCCGAAACUUUGCUUAACAACGUGAAAGAGUCCAGUAGGUGUAGAGGCGAGGAGAUGGCCGCCAUCGAAUGCAGGACGGUUCGUACUCACAUCCCGGCCAAAGAGACUGGGCUUGAUGUCGAGUGUAGCCUCGAGAAGGGGCUGGUUUGCGAGUCCGCCGACGAGAAGAAACCUUGUCCCGAUUUCGAGAUUAGGGUGUUGUGUCAAUGCGACGGUCCGGCCACCACUCCGACGUACGCAGAGUGCGAUAUAACUAGACCCAACCAAGAACACCCGACCGAUUGCCACAAGUUCCUCCAGUGUCGUCCGUCGCUCACCGGCUUCGAGCUGGUGGAGAAGACGUGCGGCGACGAUAUGAUGUAUAAUCCGGAGAGCAUGAUAUGCGACUGGCCCGCCUCAGUGACGAAAAUUAAACCCUCCUGCGUGGCUCUGCCCCCCGCCUGCCCGCCCGGUAUGAUCGAAGACAGCUGUGCGAUAGCGUGCGACAGGCUGUGUCUGCACUAUCUCGGUGUGGUGAGGCUCAAGGGGAAAUGCAGAGAGGGCGUGAAGUGCGAGAAGGGCUGCGUAGCAGCCAAUAAAAGGCUCGCGUGUCCGCCGGAUCACUUCUGGGCGGACGCGAACACGUGCGUUUCUAAACACGACUGCCUGUGCUCGACCAAAACCGGCGACAAGGUCAAACCCGGCGAGACGGUCUACGAAGACGAGUGCGCGGAAUGCCAGUGCGUGUCGAACUUCUAUACGUGUCACGACACGUGCAAGGCCGCGUUAGUCACCGAACCGAUCGUGGAAAAGCAAACAGUCGGCGGAGUCGGGUCGGUACGGGAAACCACGCCCUAUUUCGUCGCGCCGUCGGUGACCCCGCCUCCACGAUGCGACGAAGAUAACUAUAUGAAUCUCAUACAGGGCGAUCAGCCGUUGCCUGACGACGCGUUUCGAGCUAGCAGCGUGUUGAGUUCGGCGUUCGCGCCGAGCCACGCCCGUCUCGACAGUCAAGUGACCGGCAGUUCCGGCGGGAGCUGGUCGCCUCAAUACGCCAACGAGGAGCAAUACCUGGAAAUCGAUUUCGGACGUCAAGAACCCGUUUACGGGGUAGUUAUAAGGGGCAGCCCGUUGUACGACGAGUACGUGACGAGUUACCGGGUGGCGUAUAGUCCCGACGGCGACGAGUUCUACUACGUGCUCAACGAGGGUACUCCUCCGAGACCCCAGGUGUUCAGGGGGUCGAUAGACGCGACGUCGCCCGUGAAACAAGUGUUCGGGGUACCGUUCGAGGCGCGCAAAAUCCGAAUCAAUCCGCAGACCUGGAACAACGGCAUCUCUUUGAGGUUGGAAGUGAUUGGGUGCGGAGAAGCGCGGACGACGACCCCCACCUACGAGUUCACCACCGCGGGUGUGCCCGUGGCGGCGUUGUGCGACGACGAAAUGGGCAUGCGCAACCGGUCUAUAGUCGAUCAGCAGAUAUCCGUCAGCUCGGAACUGUCGCCGACGCGAGGCAAGAAGAACGCGAGGUUAAACAGCCCUUGGGGGUGGCAACCGUUGACCAAUUCACCCACCGAGUGGCUAGAGGUGGACUUUUUGGAACCGCGCGAGGUGACCGGCGUUGUGACGAGGGGCGGGGACGCAGGUUGGGUAACCGCUUACGCCGUCAAGUAUUCGCAGAACGGCAAGGAGUGGAAUCCGAUCGUGGAGGAAACGGUCCAGAAGGAGAAGGUGUUUUUGGGCAACUUCGACUCGAACUCGCCGCAGGUCAACAAUUUCGUCCUGCCCAUUAGUGCGAGAUACAUCAAAAUAAUUCCUCUAAAAUGGCACAAAGCGAUUCAAAUGAGACUCGAACUACACGGCUGUUUCAAGCCCUACCCUCUACUCGAAAUACCAUCUACGACUACUGAAGCGCUGUUGCCGUGUAACCAUUGUCCGGGUAUAGACGCUCCCCAAAUGGAACUGGACGCAUGCAGGUGCGUGGCAGACUUCUGGUGGGACGGACGCAAGUGCGUCAACCGCACCCAAUGUCCUUGUAUGGUCGGCCAUAUCCCUUAUGACGUCGGUAGCGCGUUCGAAAUGGAAGACUGCUCCGAAUGCAUCUGCAAGCUGGGUGGUAACCCCCACUGCGUGCCCAAGCAGUGCGACAAGUGCAGAGAAGGACUACGAAGCACAGUGACUACGACCUGCGCGUGCACCUGCCAGCCGUGUCCGGAAGGCACGACGCUGUGCCCUACCAGUAACAUAUGCAUCAACUCUACCUUGUGGUGUAACGGUAUCCAGGACUGCCCCGACGACGAGCUUAACUGCGCGACUACCGUGGAGAUCGAGCCGAUCACCACCAAGAAACCGAAGACUUGCGAGAUCGUCAAGUGUCAACCGGGAUACAAAAAAGUGGCGAGGAAACCAUCGAAGAGUCAACGUUUCCACUCGUAUCUGUCCCCGAUGAUCUCCGGUCAGCAGGGCUUCACGAAAAGUAGAUAUAAAGGCGCUUACACUAAGACCAGCUACGGUGGUGUUAAGAGCGGGAUCAAAGGCGGCGUGAAGGGCGGGACCAAGGGCGGCGUAAAGGGAGGGAAUUAUAAAAACAACCAGUUGGCGAGACCGACGACUAACGCGAUCGUCGUCGAGGAAGAAGUUUGUCCGGAGUACAGAUGCGUCAGCCACAAGCCUCCGCCCAAAUUCGAGCACACCACCGGCGAAUGUCCUCCCACCAUAUGUCAGGCGAAUUUCAUUCCUGUAUUCGACGAGGAGAUAAAUUUUAAGGCGAAAAGUUGUCCGAGUUAUUCCUGUUAUCCGCCGCCCCAGCCGGAUGCCGUCUGCAACAUUACCGGCCGCACUUUCAGCACGUUCGACCGCACGGAAUACAAGUACGACAUAUGUAAUCACGUGAUCGGGCGUGAUCUCGAAAACGACGAAUGGGACGUCUCGCUGAAGAAGAACUGCAGCGCGACUUGCUCGAGGGACCUAGUGAUCCGGCACCAGGACCACGUGUUCAUCAUAAGACCGGAUCUGUCGAUAGAAUAUGACAACUACGAGUACUCGGUGGAACAGAUGAAGACCAUAGGGUUCCAGGAUCGAGGUUUCGGCUUGGCCAGACUGGGGAACACUAUACUGUUCACGUCUAAUCGGUACGGUUUCUGGGUCAUUUGGAAUGACUUGGGCAACGUCAAGUUCGGCGUGGUGCACAAGUUGGAAGACAAGGUGGACGGUUUGUGCGGUUAUUUCAACGACAAACCGGAAGACGACAAGAGGAAACCGGACGGAACACCGGCAAGAACCACCGCGGAGUUUGGUGAUAGUUGGAUGCUGUCGCCUGACCAACCGGCUUGGUGUGAGGCCAAGGCGUGUCCAUUGCACGUUCAGAAUCAAGCGUGGGAUAUGUGCAACAGGGUUAAAGAACAGCCGCUGUCGGCUUGCGCCAAGGCCGUCGAUAUCGAAGCUUUCGUGUCGAGGUGUUUGGAAAGCACCUGCGGUUGCUUGGAAAGGGCCUCGGCGAACCAUACUGCCGAAGAGGAAUGCAGGUGUGACGCUAUGCAGUCUUUCGUGGUGGAUUGCUUAUCCGCCGAUUCCAGUAUCGACUUGUCAGAUUGGAGGAUGCAGCAGGACUGCCCUGCCACGUGUGAAUCUCCGUUCGUGUACCACGACUGCUACCAGAGAAAAUGCGAGCCCACGUGUCAAUCAAUAUCCGACCCUAACGUGUGUCCCAAAGUGGACAAAAUGUGCUUCCCCGGAUGCUACUGUCCCGCGGGAUACGUGCGCAAAGACGAAACCUGCAUUAAACCGUCGAGCUGCAGAGAUUGCGAGUGUAACGUGCUGCCUCACUUACAAUACGUCACGUACGACGAGAGUAACUUUACCGUGAGCGGGAACUGCGUCUACGUGAUGUCACGUGACGUGGCGGCCGAUUCUGACGGUCAGCACAAAUUCCAGGUUUUGAUAACGAACCACCCGUGCAAAGACAAACCCGAAAAAAUGUGCGUCGGCAAAGUCACGAUCCUCUAUCAAGGUCACAAGGUGCACAUUUUGGUCGACUACUACCGUAACAAGUUGAAGUUGAUCGUUGACAGCGAGCGGAUAACCGACCUGUCGGAAAUAUCCGAUUGGGCCAGCGUUAGGGAAACGGCCACGAAACAUUACAAAGUGCUCUUGAUCGACGUGCAAGUAGAGGUCUCCGUAUACUAUCCGUCGCUAGGAGUGUCGGUGAAGGCGCCCUCUCACAAAUACGGCGGCAAAUUGGAGGGCUUGUGUGGCGACUGCAACCGCGACCCCGACGACGACCUCAAAAAAUCGAACGGCGAUAAACCUAGCGACGUAAACGACUUUUCGUUGAGCUGGCUGUACGAGAACCUUCCGGGUGGCCAAACCCCGGAACAGUGCGGCAAUCAACCGGAAGAAACCUGUCCGCCACUGCCGGAGGACGAAGAUCCUUGUUUGCAGUUACUCGACACCAACAAGUUCGGUCAGUGUCUCCACGUGCACGACCCGUCCCUUUUCCUCGACUGGUGCGCCAAAGACACCUGCGGCAACCAUCCGGAACUGUCCUGCGCGGCGAUCGAAGCUUACGCGAGGGACUGCGCAGCGUCCGGCUUCUGCAUCAACUGGCGCAACGAAUAUUGCCCGCCCAAGAACUGCGCGGCCGGUCAGAACUACGAGCCGUGCGCGAGAGCGAAGCAGGAAACUUGCGAGUCUGUGAAAAAUAAGGGCGGCGUCGCUGGCAACAAGAAAUCGCUCCCAGUGGAGGGGUGUUUCUGUCCGGAAGGCAAAGUGCUACUCAACGACACCUGCGUCUAUCCGAAAGAUUGCGAAGUAUGCGACGACGAGGGGCACCAUCCGGGAGACGUGUGGAAGAAAGACAAAUGUACCGAGUGCCGAUGCGAAGGAACCUCCUUAAAAUGCGACACGCAGUAUUGCCCGGGCAAGGAGACCGUAUGCGAGAGAGGCUUCAACGCGGUCAAGGUCGCGACUAAGGAAGACGAGUGCUGCGAUAAGUACGCCUGCGUACCCGAACCAACGAUGGGUCCGACCUGCGAGCCUCCGCAAAAACUUGUCUGCGGCGCAGAUCAAGUCCUGAAACUGGACACGAAACCGAACGGCUGUCAGACCUUCAUCUGCGAGUGCAAACCGGCGGACGAAUGCGAGAAAGUAGACCUUUCCACCGGCGACCAGUUGGAGCCUGGAUACGAAAAAGAACUCGACGAAAACGGUUGUUGUCCCGUGGCGAAGCUAGUGUGCCACAAGGACAAGUGUCCGGCUCCCAAAGAGUGUCCGCAGUAUCACACCCUCAAGACCGAGGACGGUAAAUGUUGUCCCCUGUAUGCGUGCGAGCCGCCCAAGGAUAAGUGCAUUUUCGAGACCGGCUUCGCCGCGGCUGCUAGUGGUGGGGAAAGGCCCCAAACGAGGUACGAGAAGCAGAAGCUUUUGAAGGCAGCAAAUGAGACGUGGCAGGAUGGUCCGUGCCGAGACUGCAAAUGUUUACUCAGUAGCGUAGGAAAUUACCAACCGACCUGUACCCAAACGGAUUGCCCUUCCGUGGAAACCCACGAAGACUAUUCGGACUUCGAGCUGAAAGCGGUGCCCGUAUUCGAGCAGUGCUGCCCGAAAAUAAAACGAACCGGGUGCAAGUACGCGGGCAAAACCUACGGAGUGGGGGAGGCGUGGUCGAAGGGUAGCGAUCCGUGCGUCACGAUGGAAUGCGUCGAGACGGAGCACGGCGUCCAGAAGGAGAUAACAGUGAAAACUUGCGACAAGGAGUGCAAACAGGGGCACGUGUACGAAGAGCCCGCCCCCGAAUCCAAGCAGUGCUGCGGGUACUGCAAGCAAGUGGCCUGCGUGAUGGACGAUGUGACUCAUAAAGUAGGCGACGACUGGACUUCUUCCGAUUACUGUACUAAUUAUUUCUGCCUGAAUUUAAACGGUUCGCUGCAAGUGGAAGCGGUCAAGGUCAACUGCCCGGUUAUCUCUGACGAGGACAAGAGGGAUUUCGUGUACGAAUACCGUCACGUAGAGGGGCGGUGCUGCAAGGAUGCCAAGGCCACGGCUUGUAAAGUGAACGGUCAAGUCCGCGAGAUCGGUACAAGCUGGCCCUCGCCAGAUGGCGACAGGUGCAAGACGGUUACGUGCGUCCAAAAGGAAAACGGUCGCCUAGCUAUGCCGGAGUCGAUCGAAACAUGUAAAAAGGAGUGCUCCAAGGGUUGGGAAUAUAAAGAGUCGCACACCGAGUGUUGCGGGCAAUGCGUCCAAGUUGCUUGUAUAGUGGACGACGAAUUGAAGAAACCGGGAGAGUCGUGGAAAUCGGAAGACACGUGUACCACUUACACGUGCGAACGAGCCGGUGGCCAGUUCCUAGUGUCGAGUUCGUACGAGACUUGUCCGUUGGUGGACUGCGCCGAGGAGGAUACCUACAUGAAAGGCUGCUGCAAAUAUUGCAACGUCACAGUCGAAGCUCUCACUUUGUGUACUCCUCAACCUAUACUAUUGGAUAAGACCAUCGGCAUGAUAAGGGUGACCCGCAGUCCGAACGGUGAGUGCGUGAAUAAGCAAGCCAUCAAGGGGUUCACCGAAUGCGUUGGCACUUGUCAUUCUUCUACUUUCUUCAGUAUCAAAACUGGAAUGCACGAGUCGAUUUGCACUUGUUGUCAAGCGACGAAAUAUCAACCGCUGGAGGUUGAACUGGAGUGCGAGGACGGCUACAAGUGGAUGAAAAAGGUGGCGGUGCCGUCCAAAUGCGACUGUAUUGCUUGUGGUCAAGAAACGCGUGUUCGAAAUAUAAAGAACGCCAGCGCAAAAAUUAAAGCCGUUUAGCGCGACGCUAUAUGUAAAUAUGUACAGCACGAAAUAAAAGAUUCGUUGAUUUCAAAAAAUGUUUUUAUUUCUCAAG